AGGUGAACCUCUCAUUCUCAAGACUCUCAACGUCCUUUCAACGCCGGUCGUUCGUCGCGAAAGGCUGUCACCUUUUCAGAGUCGGAUAAAAACGAAAAUGUGUACUAACAAAAAUGGUGAUAGGUGGAUCGAUUUUUCGGAGUCUCGCUUCUUCUCGUACUAAAGGCACUCAGCUUCUUCACAGAUUGUCGAGCAUGGGUGAAAUUACGGGCGGGAAUAGGGAAAAUAAAAUCACCCGUGUUCUUUUUUGUGGGCUGGAUUUUCCUGCUUCUCAUAAUUACACAAGAGAAUAUCUGCAAAAGCACCCCUUCAUCCAGGUUGAUGUUGUUCCUUUUGAUGGGGUGCCUAAUUCUAUAGCAAAGUAUCACAUGUGCAUUGUGAAAAACAUGAAGCUAGACUCAAAUAUUAUCUCUCGUGCAACUGAAAUGAAUCUUAUACUGCAGUAUGGUGUUGGUCUGGAAGGUGUUGAUAUUGAUGCUGCUACGAGGCAUGGAAUCAAAGUUGCUAGGAUUCCGGGUAACAUAACUGGAAAUGCAGCAUCGUGUGCAGAACUAUCUAUAUAUCUGAUUCUGGGUCUUCUUCGAAAGCAAAAUGAGAUGCAAAAUGCUGUAAAGCAGAGAAAGCUUGGAGAACCACUUGGUGAAACACUACUUGGAAAAACAGUGUUCAUUUUGGGAUUUGGAAAUAUUGGGAUUGACUUGGCAAGGCGUUUGCGACCGUUCGGUGUAAAAAUUAUUGCUACAAAACGGAGCUGGGCAUCACAAGAUUCUUCCCAGACUAAUGGAGCUCCGGUUCAAAAUGGUAGCACAUAUGAUUUGGUUGAUGAAAAAGGUGGUCACGAAGAUAUUCACGAGUUUGCAAGCAAAUCAGACAUCGUUGUUUGCUGCUUAAGUUUAAAUAGUGAAACAGCUGGCACUGUAAACAAGUCAUUCAUAUCUUCAAUGAGAAAGGGUGCCCUUUUAGUAAAUAUUGCUCGAGGCAGUCUUCUGGACUAUGAGGCUGUUCUUUAUCACCUCGAGUCUGGCCACCUGGGAGGCUUGGGCAUCGAUGUUGCUUGGACUGAGCCAUUUGAUCCUAAUGAUCCAAUUUUGAAGUUCAAGAAUGUUCUAAUCACACCUCACAUUGGUGGACUUACAGAACAGUCUUUCAGAUCCACGGCUAAGGUUGUUGGCGAUGUAGCUGUUCAACUUCAUGCAGGUAGUCCUUUGACAGGUAUAGAAUUUGUCAACUGAUUCAGUUGGAGAGAAGUGUUUGAUCGUGGAGCUAUUAGGGGGGGAGUUGUUUGAUGGGAUUUGGAAGGAGGUUGUAGGAUGUAGGAUGAUUGGUAUGCUAUCUUAUUGGAGUACUUUGCAUAACAUAAGAUGAAUAAGUGGGAUUCAAGUUUAAUUGAAUGGAUUUGUAUAGGUGAUUAGAUGAUAAAGAAACCUGAAGGCAUUUUUUCUUUUUUCUGGGAUUUAAGGAUGUCUUAUCUACAUAAAUUGUUACCACCAUGUAGGAGUGAGCAGCGGGUCGGUUAAAAUAGGCCUGCCCGCCCGUAAGGUUAAUGGGCGGAUUUUUCUCCCAUUACCCCAAGCAGGCGGAUGUGGUCAAAUAUCCGCACAUUUAUGGACGGAUACUUGGUUUUGGGUAUGCAGGGCGGAUAAUGCUCGCCCACCCGCAAACGCAAUAUUAUGUACAUUUUUUUUUUUAAAGGAAAAGCAUCUCUCACUUUCCCCCUCUCAGCUCCUGAAAUGCACACAUCAUACUCUAGAAAGGGCUUCCCCUUACUCUAUCAUUCUUAUCUUGUUAUCGGACAGUAGUUUCAAUAAUAAUGGUGAUAGUAGUGACAAUGAUUUUAUUAUAUUAUUUUCAAUUGAUAAUAUGGCUAAUUCAUUGUUUUU